UUCGUCGCCGGCCGCGUUGCGUGAGCGUCUGUCACAGCGCGCUCGCGCGCCGUCCUGUGACGACGAGCGCUCCGUGGACGACUGCGACGACGCCAUGUCGCGCGAAGUGGAGCUGGAACGGCCGGCCCGGGUCGAGCAGCCGCGGGAACGCGUGUUGCAGAAGCCAGCAGCGUCCAACGGUCCCGAACUCGGCGGCGACGACGAGGAAGAGGUGUUGCUGGAGAAAGAGGAGCAGUGCGUCUGUCAGAUCUGCACGUGCGGGAAACACCGCUGUCGUUCUGCCUCAACCGGCUUCUUCGCUAACGAUGCACAGGAAACUCUGCAACAAAGAGCACGCACAAGCUGUGAAAAAGAAGCCGGAAGGAGGCAGUGGGAAGUAUCACCCGACACUGUACGCCAGAUUUCGAAAUCUUAUCGCAGCAUCGAGCGUCAAGAUGACGCAAGCGAAACGACGACCGUCUGCGAGCAGAGAAUCAAAAACCACGAGCGUGCCUCCGAAAGCAAAGUCUUCCAUUCAGACGCCAUCGCAACGGGAGGAAGGGGUCUCGGCCAUGAAGGCAGAGCCCAGACUGGCGGAGGGGUCGUGGACGGGCUCUCCUACGAACAGGCAGUUAUGCGCGAAGAUGUUGCGGCCACCCAUCUCGUCCAAAGUUCCGAAUUCGCAGCUCAUGAAGCGGAGGAGCGCACGAAACUGGAGACACGCCACUGCCACCACACCCACCAUCACCACGACCACCACGACCUGCACAGCUCAUCGGGGAGGGGGGAGGUCCAAGGCAGAGUAUCGUCGCUGUACCGUCCAAGAACGUCGCUGAGGCUCGAGGGUCCGGGCGAAUACAUUACCACCAGUUCUGACUACUUCUCGAAGAUCGACCAGAACCCAGUCUCGAGAGCAGAACAGUAUCGCUUGGAGCGGCAAGAUGUUGCUGCUGCUGCUACUGCUGCUGCUAGUACUGACGCUGCUACUGCUGCAGCUGCUGCUGCCGCUACUACAGCUGCUACUACUGCUGCUGCUGCUACGGCUGAUACUGAUGCUGCUACUGCCAGAUCCGGUUUGCGGCACUACCCACUGACUCGGCCACAGACCAGCUUGCGAACUGGCGGCAAGACUCACUACUCUACCACCACUGGCGAAGACUUCAAGCACCGGGAACAGACUGAUAAGGUUACUAGGAGGCUGCGACCACGAAAGUUCGACGAUCCAUCUUACGACAGCUUGCACGCGGACGUAGAAACGGACGUCAAGAAGAGGCGUACCGAAAUGGAAGCCGAGGACCAAGCUUCAGCGGAUGCCGUCCAAGAGGAAAGAGAAAGAAAAGCCAUAGAUGAAGUCGCUCAUGGCCGCGAGUUUCGGGAGGACAGGGGAAAAGCAGCCACACAAGAAGUCUUUCAAGGCCACCAAUUUAGAGGGAAGGAAGCAAUUUCGACGGAAGCGCAAGCGUUGGGAGAAGCGCACCUCGAAGCACGUCACGAUCAUCGGGCAACAUCAACUUAUGAGGAAGCGCGUGACGAAUUCGAGGCUCCUCUUUAUCAAGACGCGGAGAGACCGAGGCCAGUCGACCGGCCAUCGACAAUGGCGAACGCGGAGGCGUACUAUCGUCCCGAAAUGUCCAUCCCGUUCUACCCCAAAGACAACCUUGCGGUGUCGUCGGGUCAGAUGGAUCUACGCACGACGAACGACCUAGAAUUCUACAAGAAAAAGAUGGAACGAGUCAGGCCUGUCAAGCCCAAGUCCCUGUCAAAGUUGUUUGGCAGCAACGGAAGCUCGUCCGAAGGAGAUACCCAAAUGGCAGCCUCGCGCCGCCUCAAGGAACACAGUGUUGGAAAGAGCUCGAGAGUGGGUCAGAAUUACAGGGUGGAAAAGUUACAAGCAGCCGGGCUUAGCUCCACUUACGAAGACUCUAAGAUGCACUUGGGUGCUAACAAUGUACUCAUAAAGCGGAGGUCCAAGGGCCAAAGAAAAGCCCACUUUGAGGACGAUAGCGUGAGGUGGGAAGGUCCCGGCACGUACUCAACGACGACUAAAGACUCGUACAAGAAGCCCGAAAGUACGCAUGCGAAUGUCGCUCUGUGCAGGAGGCCACAGAGCCACGACGUCUUCCACAGGUUUACGCAAACAGGAGAUGAGUUACGAAGAAUUAAGGGGAAGAAGAAAGACGCCGAUGAAAUUACCAUGUUUGGCCGAAAGGAUUCCGCAGAGCUGAUUGCCGAAAUACAGGGUCUUUUGGGCGCAAGCGGAAGCAGGCGCUCUGAAAACAAAGCAACCAAACAAGACGCAUCUGCACGCAAAAAGGGUGGUGUAGAGUCGACAUCAAAGAAAGAACGCGCUGUUCAAGCAGUGCAAGCGGACAGUUGUAAAGAAUCGCGGCAAGGAGCGCACGAGCGUCAAAAAGGACAGGAUAAGGUUAAAGGAGCUAAGAAACAUGGACAUCAGAAAGCCCAUUUUGCUGAGCAGGAACCUAUCGUUGCGAAUGGAGAAAGUACAGCGGCACUCAAGAAAAGGAGCGCAGAAAUUUCAGUGGAUCAGCGCAAAACUGAAAUGCGGAUCAGAGAAGUUAGCGCCGGACAGCAAGAGUAUCUUGAGUCUGCUGCGACCGCGAGGAAUUUGGAGGCCGUGCACCAAAUACGAGCGAAGACAGAACACGACGUUCAUAGGAGUGAAGAGAUCAUUGUGGAAGGUAACGAAGCACAGGGCUACUUUGGUCAGGGUGCCUUGAGUUCUGAAGCUCAGCUGCAGACCAGGAAAAGUGCCGAGACGGCCGUUGAGUGUAGGCAGGAGGCUUCGCGUGCCUGUCCGCAUGUGAGCAGCGCAAACCGUGAGAGGCUUCGCUUCUCUACGACUACAUCGGACAGCUUCAAGGACGUUAGCGAAAAGAUACAGCCCGCAAAGCCUUUUUAUCCUAAGCCAAAUCUCGCGCCCGAAGGAAGCAUGAGCUUUGAAACAGUCCACCACGGAGAGUUCACUCCCAAGACAGUCGACGAAAUGCCGACGCCGGUCAGGCCUGUGUCGACGCUCAAGCUGAGCGAUGACACCUCCUACGUGACCAGAAAUGAAGACAAAAUUGGCUACUCCAAGACGGCUCCUUUCGUUGGCGGAACAAGGUACUCUGUAAGGAAACCGGAGUCCACGCUUGUACUCGGCCAGGACUCCGCAGACUACAAAACGACUUCGCAGCUCGAGUACAAGGCACUCGAGGCCCACGAACUAGAGGACAUCUACAAGAAGGCUGUCAAGGUUAGGCGGGACAGACACAGGACGUACAUACGAGGACAGCACGCCGGAGCUGCAGGGUUGCCAACAGGCGGGGCGCAGCAACAACGCCGUCGUACUUCCUCAGGCAUCGAGGAAGUGACGACGACGUCGCGGGAGGCCUUCAAGCCAGUGACCGUUGAGCGGCCCCAGCCGUAUAGGCCGCAGAGCUGCCUCAAGGUGCGAAGCGCAGAAGACUCUUACGCCGAAAUCUCGACGACGAUGAGGGACACGUUUAGGCGUGUCACGCCCACGGCAAGAGUCAAGCCCAUCAAGCGCGAGGCAUCUCUGAAGAAGCUCGGCGACGACACCGACUACACGCCCAGAAAGACGACUACCGGUGAGGCCUACAGCGAAGUGAAAAUCCCGCCGAAGCCUGUGGCCUACCGCCCCACGGACAACUUGAAGGUGACCGGAGGGAUGACGUUCUCGACUACGACUCAGGAAUCGUACGCCUCGCGGUCGAGCCUGCAGCGUAACGCUACCGAGUUCGUCGAACGCGCCAAGCCGAUCAAGAGAGACGCAGUCGCCAAGGACAUCAUCUUCCCGGUUGACUCUUCGGGCACACUCGUCCAAGGAGGCGCGGACUACUGUUCUAUUUGCAAGGCAGAAGAGUCGGCUGGAGUGCUGCGGUCUCUGGAGAACACGAGUUCUUAUGCGCGCAUCAGCAAAGCCCCGCGCGAGAGACCGCGGACGCACCAGAAAGUGGGAGGAGGCGCGUUCGAACACACAACCACGUCCAUGGCUGAGUACCAGGACCCGAGGACUCAGUCGUGGAAGCAGCGCCCGAUGGCCACUGGCCGCCUGGUGCGAACUGCGAGCGCCGAAUGCCCGGCCGCGUUCCUGAACACGGACAGGUCGGAGUACGUCUUCAAGGAGGUCGUCGGCAGCCACAAGUUCUACCUUCCCGCUGUGCAAUGAUAUGUGGGCCGGUGCCUGCUGGAGAAGUUUUAAACUGGGCGCCCCGUAGCAAUGUCUUGGAAAGUUGUCAUCAGGAGGAAUGAUGCACUCAGGGGUAACGUUCAAUGACAUGUGUACCAAACGGCGUUGUGUUUACGAGAGACAAGUGCUUUGCGUGUCCUCCAAGACCCACAGCGAAGCUCACGCAUGGAGAGCGCGCAGAGCUGAAACACCAAUAUAAUUUUCAGUGCAUGCUUGGCGCCAGCUUCGCACAAAUUGGUAAACACGUGGGCUGACAGUGAUCGGUAGAUGAUUUACUUAUGCUAUGUUCAGACGGAUUCUUAUGAAGUUUCCUUAUGCGACAGGCAUGGUCACUCUUAGUUUCUGUGCUAAGCCGGGUAAUUAUGGGGAUGACAAGCAAUUGCGUUUGUUUAGAAGCCGUUCAUCUAAUGUUCAUUUGGGCCUUUUUUCAAGCUCAAAUAGGAUAUGCACUGUGUGUGUUCGUUAUGGUUCAAUUAAAAUCUGAUCACUCAUGAGAGUUUAGGCAUAUCUCUAACGAACAUUGUCGCUUCCAAGCUAAAAAUGUUACUUGCGAAUUACAAUUUCUUUUGGUGGCGAAAAAGAAAAAUGAAAGACGACGGGGGUUUGCGCAUUGCAUUGAACUUAUCGUAAAAACAUUGAUGGAUACUUAUUGCUCUCUCGUAAGGUUUCUGACAAGACAAUCAGUUAAUGUUUUGCUGUUGGUCUAUCUGCAUCACAAUAAUGCGGUGACUUUUAGUCGGGGUCCCAAUCACGAUUACAUGGGCUCGUAAGCCUCGUCUGAUUUCUCGCCGUGAAUGAAAUCAUGAUGGAGGGCUUUUUUUCGGUGAGUGCUCGAGGAUGCAUCAGCACUUCAGAACACACCUCGCUGUGUUCCCCCAAGUGCUCUAAUCCUCCGACCGCAACUCAGUUUAAAAGUUUACUCGCGUAUCAAACUUAGACGUUAGAUAACCGAUUUUGCAAAAGGAAAUAAUUAGGCAAUGCGAAUAAAACAGUUGAAUAACUGGGAGGUUAUGGCAGGAAAGUAUUGGUUCUUUUGGCACUUAUCAAGUUCUUUGAUCUUAUCAAGUUACUUUGACCAAAUUGACAACGCAGAAGAUAAUAAUAAGAACGAAUACCAGGUUAACCUUACGGUAAGCUACGAUUUUGAUGGAAUGAACGGCGGAAAGUGUUUACCCAGGAUAUGGUAUCCACUGAAGGAACGAAGAGAAAUGUAACUAGCAGUUGCAUGCACAUCGCUUGAAUAACGCACGCUAACUUUGCCGGCAUAGGUUUUUAUUACGAGUAUAGCUUCCAAUAAAUGCUGCUUCGCGCUAUUAUUCGUUCUCGCUUCACUCUUUUCGAGCAUAUUUAGUGUCGUUUUAGCAGAAAUUACGCCAGGAAAACGUAAUAAGCGAAUAAAAUAAGCUACUUUUCAUGAUGCCUAUGGAUAAAAUUGGCUUUUUUUUGUUUAUACCACUGGUGAUGUCUAUAUAUUUGCAUGUGUUACAUGUGUCACGUGUGCCACAUGUGUCACGGGUGACCAAUGGUGACAGCACAAUGGAAGAAGCGUCAGCCUGUGGCCAACGUUUUGACAACAGGACUUUCCAGGCUGAUACGUCCCUUGUUCGGCGUUGUUCGGCGACUAUAGAUCACUUCUUGCAUCCAUCUUCCUGUAAACCCAUUGUCACAAGUACUACAUGUGUGAAGGUGCAUCGGUCAUGGUAUAGAACAGCCUGAAAGCCUCCGAUGAUUUGAAGCAAAGGUCAUUAUUGAACCUGCUUCCACUUACGUAUAAUCAUUACGAUGUAGUAAUGAACGCAAGAAUGGUGAAAAUAAAACAACCGUUUUCAAAAGA